CAACUGAUACCACCAGCCUGCCAUAGCUGCAGAGGGCCGGCCGCCAGAAAGGCAUGUGUUCAGGACUACCCAGCAGUCACCCCUAGCUGAGCCGAAAGGGAAUGAGCCGCCUGCCUUGCUCCCGGCUUCUGCAGGAACCCAUCCUCACCUGCCUCUCGAGGAAGCUGAGGACGCAGACAGAGUUGCCCAGAAGGAGAAGCUUCAUGAGGAGCUGAAGCGAGUUCUCCAGAGGAAGGGCGAAAGUCAACGAGGCCCUGAAGAGGGGGAGGAGAGCGAGGAGGAAGAGGGGGUGCCGGAGCCCCCACCACCUGCACCCUCCGAGGAGAUGGAGAGCAAACUCAGCGUGAUGGAGAAAACCAUCAAGACCUCCGAACUGCUGGAGAUCAUUGUGGAGACGGAAGCAGAAGCUGGGGUCAGCGGGAUGAGCGUGGCUGGUGGGGGGAAGGAAGGCCUUUACGUCAAGGAUGUGGUGAAGGACUCACCGGCGGCUCGGGCACUUAGCCUCCAGGAAGGAGACCAGCUCUUGAGCGCCAGAGUUUAUUUCGACAACAUCAAGUAUGAAGAUGCGUUGCAGCUCCUGAAAUGUGCCGAGCCCUACAAGGUCUCCUUCUGCCUGAAGAGGACUGUGCCCAGCACGGACAUUGCCCUCAAGUCCCGAGCCUCUGCCUUCAAAGUCAGAGGCCCCAAAGCCAAGAUGGCCAAGUUGAACAUUCAGAGCCUGUCCCCUCUGAAAAAGAAGAAGAAAAAGAAGGUGGCCAAGAUCCUGGCCAAGGAACAACCGGAGGCAGAGAAGCGUGGAGGGGCUGACCUGGCCGCGGGCAAGUUGGAGAUCAUGCCCGUGGAUGUUGAGUUUUCCCUGCCCAAGUUCUCCCGGCUGCGCAAGGCCAAGAGCGCCGGAGAGGUGGCCAUGGCGGAGCCCAGCGCAGAGGCCUCUCCCCGCCCGUCUUCCCUGGAGAUCAAGCGGCGCAAACUGAAGUUUCCCCGGCUGAAAGUCAAGGAAGCGGCGGCCAUGGCAGCCGCCCGAGCCGAGGCUCCCGAGGGCCGCCUAGAAGUGGGCCUGCCCAAGCUGAAAGCCUCGGCCAAGGGAGAGGGUGAGGGAAAGGGCUCCAGAUUCACAGCCCCCUUCGCCAAGGCUAAGAAGCCCCAAGAGGAGGCCAAAGGCAAGGUGGAAGUUGGAUUCCAGGCCCCUCAGGUUGAGCUGGACCUCUCCUUGCCUAAAGUGGGUCCAGAGGUACAGCCUCCCAGGGCCAGUCCCCGAGGAGAAGGCUUCAGAAUUCAAGCACCUCAUUUCGAGCUGCCCAAAGUGGAGACGGUCCUACCCAAAGUUAGCAUUGCGGAGGGAGAGGUUCCCGAAGGGGGUCUCCAGGCUGGGCUGAAGCUCCCCAUGGCGGAGGUGGAAGCCCCCAAGGUAGAGGUAGACUUGAGUCUUCCCAAGUGGGAGGGCCCUGCUACCCCAGAACUUGCCCCCAAAGGGGAAGGUUUCAAAGUCAAAGUCCCCAAAUUUGGAGUUUCGGUUCAAGAGGCCGAGCUGAAGCUGCCCUCGGGGAUGGCCCUUGAAGGGGUGCUGGAAAAAGGCAGGAGGAAGGCGGAAGAACUGGAGGGAAAGCUGAAGUCAGGGGUGACCGUGCCGUCCCUGGAAGUGAAGGCCCCCUCCAUGGAGGUGGAGCUCCCCCUGCCCAAAGGGAAGGCAGACGUGGAGCUCCCGAAACCCAAGGUGGGGGUCCCAGAGGUCUCUCUCAAAAUCCCCUCGGCCAGUGUAACCAAAGGGCGAGAAGAAGCUGAAGGCCGGUUGCCCCAGGUGGAACUCGGCUUUGAUGGGACAGAAAGCCCCAAGGCAAAAGCCAAAGGUCCCAGAAUCCAAAUCCCUGGUUUGGGGAUUUCGCUGGGCGAACACAAGAUGGAAGGCAAAGAGGCUGCCUCAGCAGCAGCAGCAGCAGCAACAGCAGAGAGUAAGGUGAAGUUUCCUGGGGUGAAGAUGCCAUCCUUAGAUAUUUCUGUCCCCAAAGUUGGUGAGAUGGAGCUUCCCAAGGCAGAACUGCCAGUCCCUGCCGGGAAGGCAAAGUCCAAAGAAGCGGCUGAAGCACCGGGCUUCAAAUUCCAGAUGCCCCAGAUGUCCCUCCCAAAAUUCAGCCUCCCUUCCAAGGCAGCUCCCUCCCCGCCCCAGAUCCACGCUAAGCUCCCGAAGUCAGAAGGUGACCUUAGUGUGAAAGUCAGCGUCCCAAAGGUGGACCUCUUCACGCCAGCCGUGAAGUUGCCAGAUGUCCAGUUCCCUAAAGCUCCAGAGGCACCCAAGCCGGAACUAGACAUCUCGGUGGAGAAGCCCAAAGUGGAGGUGGCAGUGCCCUCGACCCGGCUGAGCUUUCCCCGCCCAGGUGUGCCGGCACUGGAUGUUGACUUGCCGAAGGUUGAGAUCGGGCUGGAUUUGCCAAAGGUGGAAAGAGAGCUGGCGGUCUCCGAGGAGACCCCGAGAGACCGCGAGGGCGUCACGCUGAGAUUGCCCACUUUGGAGACGGUGAGCAAAGGCUUGGGGGUGGAAGUCAGCCUCCCCACCUGCCACGUCGAGCAGCCUGACGGGGUGCCAAGUGGAAGGAGCUUGGAAGCACCAGAUGUCAGCGGGAUGGCGGUCAGAAUCCCCAAAGUGGAUCUUGCUUUGGGCAAGGAGCUUGGCGCAGACGAAGGGGAGCAAAGGGCCAAGGUGGACUUGGAACUGAUGACCAGACCAUUGCCAAAAGUUGGCCUGGAUCUAGAAGGCCCAGCCAUCAGUGCCAAAAUGAAGCUGCCCUCUGUCGAGAUCCCAGCGGUCACUCUCCAAGGGGUGGCCCCAGAAAGCAGCCAAUCCCUUGAAGCAGAGACCAAGCGGAAGUCGCCCAGACUCGCCUUCCCCAAAUUCAGUAUUUCAGGCCCCAAAAUCUGGAAAGCCAGUGCAGAGGCAUCAGCGCCUGAGCUGGAAGGCUCAGAGGCGGCAGAUAAAGGCUUAAAGCUGAAGAUGCCAACAUUUGGGAUAUCUUUGCCAAAAUCCAAAGCAGGGGCUGAGGUGGAAGGCCCCCAACGGGGUCUGGCGGUUGAAGCCAAGAAGCCCAAGGAAAGGUUGGGAGCUGUUGCCGAGGUUCGCACGGAGGCAGAGUCUUCAGAGACCGGAAUGAAAUUCCCCACCAUGGAUGUGGAAAUGCCCAGCAUCUCUGUGGACAUCAGCCUUCCCAAAGGGGCAGCUGGCGAGGAGUCUGCCGAGGAAGGGGAGGCUGACAUGGAGGUCCCAGACCUCAAGCUGAAAGUGCCAAAAUUCUCCUUGCCCAAAUUUGGGGGGAAAAGCAAGGAAGGGGAGGCAGAGCAGAAGAGGCCUGAGAAGGAGGCCAAGGCGAAAGGCUCCAAGUUCAAGAUGCCCUCCUUCAGCAUGGGGCGCAAAGAGGUGGAGGGGUCAGGCCUGGCAGCGGGGGCAAAGGCUGCCAAGGUUCCCGGGAGCCCCAAGCUCAAACACCCCUCGGUGAAGAUGCCAAAGCUGGCUCUGCCCUCUUCUAAGGUGGAGGCCGGCCCCGGGAAGCUGCAUCUCUCGGCCCCAGAGCUCAAGAUGAAGGUCCCCCAGGUUGAUCUUCCCAAGAUCAGCAGUAGCAUCAGCAGCAAAGAAGCCAAAGCUGAGACAGAGCUGGUCCCCCGGUCAGAGAGCCCCAGCUUCAAGGUGAAGAUGCCAUCUUUGGAAAUUGCCGUGCCCGGUCCCACUGCUGAAGGAGAGCUGGUGCUGCCGAAGCCGGUGGUGGACGUCUCGGAGGCGGACAUCAGAGGCUACGAGGGAGAGCUCCGGAUCCCCAAAGCACCUUCCCUCAGCGUGUCUCUUCCCAAAGUAGAACUGGGUGUCAGUCUCCCCUCAGCCAGUGCAGAGGAACCUGUAGCGCACGGUGGCACCGGCGCAGAUGCCAAGAUCAAGCUGCCGAAGGUGGAGCUGCCGAAGUUUGGGAGGGGAGAGGAGGGCGAGGCGGAGAUGCAUCUGCUUGGGCGCCGGCUCAGCUUUGGGAGGGAAGGAGAGCAAGAGGUGGACGGGGCAGGCGAAAUGUCUCUCCUGGGCACCAAAGUGCGGGUGCCAAGAGUGGACCUCUCCUUGCCCAAAGCCCGGCUUUCGGAUGCAGAACUGCCUCUGACGGAGGGAGAGCUGGAGGGGAAGUUCAAGGUGCCUUCUGUGGGGCUGCCAAAGUUCUCCACCCCCAAAAUGAAGGCCCCGGACAUAGAGCUCGAUGUGAACUUGGAAGGGGGAAAGAUGCCCAAGGUUAAAGUGAGCGGUCCUGCCAUCAGGCUCCCCAGAUUUGGGGAGUCCGGCUCCGACGGGGAAGGGGACGCCGAGAUGGACUUGCCAAGGGUUCCUCAGCUGGAGCUGAAAGCUCCCAAACUUGGAGGGAGCACGGAGAUGCUGAGCCCGGAAACUGGGCUUAAGGAAGCCAAGAUCAAGAUGCCCUCGCUCCCAAUAGGCUUCGGCUUCGGCAAGGCAGAAGGAGACGCAGGACUCGGAGCUGACGAGAACAAGUUCAAGAUGAAACUCCCCUCUUUAAGCCUCUCCAAGACAGGCUCGGAGUCAAGCACAGAGACCCAGCCCCUUUGCCCCCCCACUGCCCAAGGGGCAGACUCCUCUUUCAAAAUGCCAGAUGUGGGGUUCUCCGUGGACCAGGACGGGCAGAGAGAGGUCAAGGCAGAAGCAGGGAAACUAGCAGGUGUGGCGGAUCUGGUGGUGGACGUGGGAGGGUUAGACGCCAGGCUGAAGGUGCCCAAAGUCAAGAUGCCCACUUUCGGUGUGUUGGGACCCAAGGGCGAGGGAGAGGCUACUGCUUCUCCUCAAAGUCGGCGGGGUUCAGACGGGGGAGAUUUAGAGGGGAAGAAAGCUGCCUUCAAAAUGCCCGGGUUGGAGAUUUCGGCCCCCAGCCUCAAAGCUCAUGCGGAAUAUGAGGUCCAGGGGGCUCAGCUCUGGCACGGGGGCUCCCAGGAUCUAGAGGGAGGCGGUCAAAGGGUCCGUGCCAGCAGCGACGGCCGGAGGAGCCCAGGGGGCAAAGCCGAGGCAGGGAAGAAGUACAAGAUGAAGAUCCCAAAGUUUGGGCUGUCCUUGUCCAAAGAGGCUGGGGAGGUCCUCCCGGGGCAGGAGGCCGAGACCAAGACCAAAAAGCCCACGUUUGUCCUGGGGAGGGCCAAGGGGAAGGAGGCAGAAGGCUCCUCGGGACUCCUUGAGGGGGAGGGGGAGGCCGAGAGGAAGGGGAUGAUGGCCAAACUCAAGAUGAAGCCCUCCUUUGGGCUCUCCCUCUCGAAGCCAAAACUUGGAGCCGAGGUCAAUGGGGAGCUCGAAGCGUCUCCUUCGAAGCCGAAGGUGCCUAUGCUGGGCUUCUCCAAGGGGCAGGAGGUCGACGGGGGGAGGGCCGAAGGCCUGCUGCCAAACGGAGCCCAAGAGGGCCGGGGCCAGAUGGGGAAAAUCCGGCUGCCCCAGCUGGAGCUCUCGUCUCCCUCCAAGACCCUGGCCGAGAGCGACCCGGAGCUCAGCCUCAAGCUGGUGAGGGCCGAGGACGCCCACGGGGGCAGCUCGGGGGCCUUCGCGGCCCUGAAAGCGGGACGGUUCAAGUCCCCCAAGAUCACCUUUUCCGGCUUCAAGAAACGCAACGGGGAGACGGCCCCAGGGGUCGUGGUCUCUUCGGCUGCCCGGACGGAGAUGGCGUUGCUGGAAGCGGCAGGGGGAGGAGAAAAAUCCUCCGGGUUCAAAUUCCCCAAGGUGGUGCUGGCCCCCCAAUCCCACGGGGUGCUGGAGGUCAGUUCCCAGCGCCAGGGGGAGGAGGGAGGGUUGAAAAUCAAGCUGCCGACCGUGGGCUUCUCGGAGGAAGAGCAGGACCCAGAGGAGGCCAGCCCGGGACCAGGACCGGGGGCGGCUAAACCAGAAGUGGGGGCAACAGCUGCAGUGUGAACUGGGGACCCGCUCAGACCUCCUGCUAGAUGGGCAGCACUUCUGCCCACCUGCCCGCCCACCUGCCCGCCCAUUCCGCUUCUCUUUCUUCCAGUAUAACGUGUCUAGCACUAACCUAAAGGGAGGGGGGAACACCUGGGCUGGGAGUGAGGGCAGUAUUUGCGUUUGCACCCGAAAGACGCCCCCCACCCCCACCAGCUCCUUGAAUUUCCCUUUCCGCAGAGGCACUGCAAAUCCACAGCCAGACAGAAUCUUCCUAGCGGAAAACCAAUGUGAAUCCCUCUUUAAAGGCUGCUCUCCGGCUGUUCUUUCAGUCUUAAAGGAUCUGCUCACCCCCUUUCUCUCGGAGCCUGCACCCCCAAAAAGAGGAGCCCCCCAUUCCUUUCCUUUCCCUUCCCUCUCCUCUCCCUUGCCCCCUUGCUCCAGGAUGCCAGCCUUGGGGCCCCUCCCUGUCCUUCUUUCUCCUGUGGAGGCAUGCCUGUAUGCCAGGGCCACGCGCCUCGAAAUACGUGACCAGUGAGGGGAGCCCAGUUUGGCUUGCUUUUUUGGGGGGGGAAAGGUGUGCAGGGUGCAGUGGCCAUGGACCAGCGUUAACACUUAGACAAGAAACCAGCAUGCCGGGGGGGGGCAGCAGCUCCCAUCCUCAAAGGACAGGAAAAGGCAGAAGUGUCGUUGCUUCAAGAUGUACAGAAAUAUUUUGUUCUAAUUUUUAACUAUAUAGGCCUGUGGUGAUGGGCUAUGUGCCCCCCCCCGCCCCGGAAGCUAAAAAGAAAACUCCAGUAACUGCCUCUGCCAGAUUCUCAGUUUAAUUAAUAAUUUUUAAAAAAUUUUACACUGUACCUCUGAUACACUGAACUACUGCUUUUUUUUUCUAUUCUGGGUUGGAAUAAAAAUUAAUAUGUUGACUAACUUUACUGCUUUUUUGUGUAAUCUUUGCCAGAUGUGCUGAGAAGCAGUGCCUGGCGAAUAUAGAUGAGAACUUCCGUGAGC